AUGAAUCAAGAAGAUAAAUUGUUUGAACAAGCUUCUAAUUAUCUAACAGAGCACGACAUUCGUUUACCUGACAACAAGAAAUUACACUUUUAUGGUCUAUUUAAACAAGCUACGGUUGGUGAUGUCAACACGUCAAGACCUUCACUAUUUGAAUUUGUAGCCAGAGCAAAAUGGGAUGCUUGGAAUAAAUGUAAAGGCUUAAGCCCAGCAGAAGCCAAGUUAAAGUACAUUGAAAGUGUCGAAGAAUUAAACGUUGGUUGGUCUCGCCAAGGCCUGUACGAGUAUACUCCUUCUGAAGAGGAUCCCCAUAACGAGAGCUCUGCAGGACUGGGCCCCGCUGUUAGUUGUAUGACUUAUGAUAGUGAAGAGGAAACAGAUGAUGUAUUCGGAUAUGCUCGGCAAAAUGACACCGAAAACCUACUGGCAGCAAUCAACACAGAUAAAGAUUUGCUAUACGCAAAAGAUGAAGAUGGUUUAUCUGUUCUUCAUUAUGCAGCUGACAGAGGCUACUUGGAUAUAGUCAAACAUUUAAUUGAUGCUGGAGCAGAUAUUAAUAUUCAAUCUGAUGAUCAAGAAACACCAUUGCAUUUAGCAUGUAUAUCAGAGCAAUUGGAAGUAGCCAAAUUACUGAUUGAAAAGGGAUGCAACCGGGAUUCAAAAGAUGCCGAAGGAAAGACAGCAUUUGAACAUGCAGAUAAAUCAUUUAUUGAACAACUCAAUCUAUAA